AUGUCACGUGGGGGUGGCAGGGACGAGGGGCGUGAGGUGACGUGGGACGCGAGGCGGGGGCGUGAGGUGGCGGUGACGCAGGCGUGGGUGGCAGGGGAAGCGGCCCGGUGGCCCGUGUCGCGAGGCAGGGGCAGGCUGGCGGCCGGGCGGGCGCGCGUCUUCCGUGUGCCUGGGUCCCGGCUCUGCCGCCGGCUGCGGGGUGCCGGGCAGAGGCCAGGCCCUGACGCCCCCGCGCGCCAUGCGCGCACACAGUCCCCGGGUCGGAGGAGGGAGGCCAGGAGGACGCUGGGCGCGGGAGCCCCGGGACAGCCGGGGGAGCUGGGGCUCGGUGCUGGCUCUGCCCGCCGCGCUGGGGCCCCCGGCUGCUCCCGAGGCCUCGCUCCCGCGGGCCGGCAGCGGGCGCGGCCGGUUCUCCCCUGCGCUCGGGGCCGGUUUGAGGGCGGGACGCGGCGCACGCGCACCACGAGUCCCCCAGGGCCCGCGGACGGGGAGUUCAGAUCCCAGCUGGUGCCUGACCCCCGCCUCCCUCGUUACCGAAACGCCUUCGUCUUUUCCUGUUCAGAGAACUUUCGAGAGACUUUCCAAGUUCUGCUCCGGAAGAGUGCGGCUCCCCGGGGUGCCAGCUGGCAUCUCCUGCAAUUAUCCUUAAAUUACAGGCGCAAUUUUAAUUUCACAAUAAUUAGAAGGGUCAACUGCAGCUCAAGCCGUCGAAACGAAUGGAAUUUUAAUGGGCAGCUGCUGAGGGCUAGAGCUUAUUGUGUCCUGCGAAAUCUCCCCAAGGUCAUGAAGACAGUCUCCCACAUCCUGCUCCAGCGGCUGUGGUUCCGUUGGGUCUUUGAUCCAUCUCAGAGUCAUCGUUGUGCGGACAGGAGUUAGAGCAUCGCGUUGUUCCAGCACCAUUUGUUCAAAGUCUGUCCCUUCCACCACUGAAUUUUUCUGGUGCCUUUGUCGAAAAACAACUCACUGAACAGAGUCUAUUGCUACACUCUGAACGAUUCCAUUGACGGAUAUGUUUACAUCAUCUAGAUUCCUGCAGCUUCAUAGACAGUCUUGAGGUCAGAUAGUGUAAAUCUUCCAACUUUGUUUUUGUCUAACAUUGUUUUGAUUAUUUCAGAUCUUUUGCAUUUCCAUGCAAAUUUUAAAUCAGCUUGUCAGUUUGUACCCAAAAAAGCCUGCUGAAAUUUUGAUUGAGAUGGCAUUGAUCUAUAGAUCAACUUGAAAAGAAUUGACAUGUUAUCAAUCAAUAUUGACUCUUGCCACUUAUGAACAUGGUCUCUCCUUGGAGAAGGCUAGUGCAUCCUUUAUUAAGUUUAAUCCUCACUAUAUUAAUUUUCCGGUUGUUUGUUGGUACUGUAUGGAAAUAUAAUCGAUGUUUGUAUCUGUAGCCUGCAGCCGUGCUAAACUCACUUAUUAGUCUAAUAGCUUUGUAAAGAAAUUCCUUAGGACUUUGUAUGUUCACAAUCACCUUUUCUGUGAACAAAAGCGGUUUACUUCUUGCUCUCUAAUUUGUAUGCCUUUUAUUUCUUUUUCUUAUUUAUUCCUCCAGCUAGAACCUCCAGUAUAAUGUUGAAAAGAAGCUAUGAGAGCAGCAUUUCCUUAUUCCUGAUCUUAGGGGAAGAUACUCAAGUCUUUCACCAAUGAGUAUGAUGUUAGCUAUAGAUUUUUCGUAGAUGCCUUUUAUCAAAUUCAGGAAGUUCCCUUUUACUUUUAAUUUGUUUAGGGUUUUUAAUUAUAAACAGGUAUUGAAUUUUGACAAAUGCUGUCUCUGCAUUUGUUGAGAUAUUUGCAAGAUUUUUCUCCUUUAUUUUGUUAAUGUGGUGAAUUACAAGGCUUGCUUUUCAAAUGUUAAACCAACCUUGCAUUCCUAGAAUAAGUCAUACUUGUUCAUGAUGUGUUAUUCAGUUUAGUAAUAUUUUGCUAAGGAUUUUUCCACCUAUGUUCACAAAGACAUGGGUCUGUAAUUUUCUUUUCUCAUGAUGUUCUUGUUAGGUUUUGGUAUCAGAGUUACGCAGGCCUUAUAAAAUGAGUUCAACAGUAUUCCAUCUUUAUUUUCUGAAAAAGUUUGUGUAAGAAUGGCAUUAUUUUUUCCUUACGUGUUUGAUUUACUCCACCACCAUAUGGUGCUGGAGUUUUAUUUGUGGGUAAGUUUACAGAAAAUGCUGGCUUUUUACUUAAAGUUUUAUUAUGAAAAAUUUCAACCACUCAGAAAAAUGGACAGAGGGCCAGCCCUGUGGCCAAGUAGUUAAGUUCACAUGCUCCACUUUGGUGGCCUGGGGUUCGCCGGUUUGGGUCCUGGG